AUAAUAUAUAUUUGGAUAUUCUUCUUUCUCCCAUGUGGUUGCAAGCUACACUAUUUUUUUUUUCUGGUGCCUUAGUAGAUCCCUGUAUUCUCUUCUUCCAUCACCAACCACAAACAUAGUAUCUAAGAAAGCACAGAUCAAAAUCUACACCCACGUUCCCGCUAAUGGCAGAGAGUGUAGUUUCCUUUGUUUUAGAUCACUUAGCCCAACUUGCGGCACGCGAAGCUAACUUGCUGUGUGGCGUGGAAGACAGGAUUCAAUCCCUCCAGCACGAGCUGCAAAUGAUCAAUGAGCUCCUCAAUACCACAAAGAGCAAGAAGGGAAUGGAACAUACAGUGUUGAACCAAAUCAGAGAUGUGGCCCACUUAGCUGAGGAUGUCAUCGACACAUUCGUAGCCAAAGUUUCCAUUUACAAGAGAAGAACCAUUCUCGGGAGGAUGCUCCGUGGCUUUGGCCAAGCAAGGUUGCUCCACCACGUAGCCGAAAAAAUAGACAAGAUCAAAACCACUCUCAAUGAAAUACGCGAGAACAAGAACAAAUAUGAUGCUUUCAAAGAAACCAAUAGUCAAUCCGCAGCAGAAGAAGAGGAAGAGGAGAAAAGGGCGAAAUUACUGCACAAGCUAAGAAGAAAUGUGGAGGAAGAAGGUGUAGUUGGCUUUGUCCAUGACUCCAAGGAUGUCAUCAACCGACUCCUGGAAGGUGGUUCAAAUCGUAAAGCUGUGUCUAUCGUUGGCAUGGGGGGAUUGGGGAAGACCACUCUUGCCCGAAAGGUCUAUAACAGCACCCAGGUGAAGCAACACUUUAUGUGUCAAGCGUGGGUUUAUGUGUCAAACGAGUGCAGAGUUAGGGAGCUUUUGUUUGGCCUUCUUAAGCAUUUGAUUCCAAAUUUUGAGCAGCAAUGGAGAGGCAACAAGGAGGGUAAGAAAAUCGCUCGAGACAUUAACAACCUGAGUGAGGAAGAGCUGAAGAAACUGGUGCAGAACUGCUUGGAGAGUGAAAGGUAUCUUGUGGUGGUAGAUGAUCUCUGGAAAACACAAGAUUGGGAGGAGGUGCAAGAUGCUUUUCCAGACAACAACAGAGGCAGCAGAAUAUUGAUCACAAGUCGUUUGAAAGAGGUGGCCUUGCAUGCUGCCCAUGAUGUUCCUCACUAUCUUCAAUUUCUCAGUGAAGAAGAAAGUUGGGAGUUGUUUUGCAAGAAAGUGUUUAGAGGUGAAGACUGUCCUUUUGAUUUGGAGACUCUGGGAAAGCAGAUGGUUCAAAGUUGUCGUGGGUUGCCGCUCUCCAUCAUUGUUUUAGCAGGGCUACUGGGCAACAAGGAAAAGUCUCAUCGAGAAUGGUCUAAAGUGGUGGGUCAUGUCAAUUGGUAUCUUACUCAAGAUGAGACCCAAGUGAAAGACACAGUUCUCAAACUUAGCUACGACAACUUGCCAAAAAGAUUAAAACCAUGUUUUCUUUAUCUUGGGAUAUUUCCUGGAGACAUAGAAAUCCCUGUUAGGCCAUUAUUGCAAAAAUGGAUUGCAGAGGGUUUUAUACAAAAUACAGGGAAUAGAGACCCAGACGAUGUUGCAGAAGACUACUUGUACGAGCUCAUCGAUCGUAGUUUGGUCCAAAUAGGAAGAGUGGAGAGUAAUGGAAGUUUGGAGACGUGUCAGAUUCAUGAACUUCUUCGAGAUCUUUGCAUAUCAGAGAGCAAAGAAGACAAAGUUUUUGAUGUUUGCAUAGACAAUAACAUUCUAAUCCCGACCAAACCUCGCAGACUGUCCAUUCACAGUGACAUGGGUCACUACAUCUCUUCAAGUAACAACGAUCAUUCACAUAUACGUUCCUUGUUCUUUUUUGGCCAAGAUUACUAUGUUCGUGAAAGGGACUGGAAAUGGCUUUUGGAAUGCUUCAAAUUGGUUCGAGUGUUAGAGCUUAGACCGACCAGCUGCAGAAAGAUCCCUUCUAAUUUAGGGAACUUUAUCCACUUAAGAAACUCAAACAUUUAAGGCAUUUGAAUACACGAGGGCCUAUCAAGCUGCGAGGCAAUUGUUCAGGAUCAGAUGAGAAGAUGUGGAAUCUUCAAACCAUUUCUGCCCUUCUACUUAAUAAACAAGCAACAUCCCUGAUAAAGAAAGGAACAUUCCCCAAUAUUAAAAGAAUAAGGUUGAAAGUGGUUUCUGGGAACAACAACGAAUUAUCCAACUUGUUGCAGAGCCUACAACAGUUAACUCAUUUGUAUAAGUUGGGGAUUCUCCUUCGAGAUAGGUAUGAUAUAGGUGUAGACUCGAUAAAUGAGAGUGUGGAAAGAAACAAUGGUUGCAAACCACAAGAACUGUUACAAAGUUUAGGGCAAUUUAGUUGUCUAACUGUCUUAAACAUUAUCAAUGCCUUGGAUCUUCUGACCUGUGCCCUCACAUUUCCUCCAAACCUUAUCGAGUUAACAUUGAGAGGGAUUAAUUGGAUCACUGAUGAAGGGAUGAAUGGUUUGGAAAGUCACACCAAACUCAAAAUUUUGAGAAUUUCGGGAGAUCUAAUUUCGUCUAGGAAUUUCUUUGACCUGAAUUGCGUUGGAUGCGGCUUCCCAAGAUUGGAAGUAUUUGAAAUGGAAUAUUUGAAUGUUGGAGAGUGGAGAUUAGACACUGAUGCAAUGCCGAGGCUUAAAAGUUUAGUCAUCAUCCAUUGUGAAAGGUUGAAAGAUCUCCCCAAUGAACUAUGGUGUUUGAGUGGGUU